ACCGGAGCGCGGCGUCAGGAGUCACACAGCCUUUGGGAUCCGGUGAUGAUUUCCACAGCUUGAAAUGCCCCGCGCGAUUCUCAAAGUUUGGCUCCCGUGACAGCAGAGAUCAGGGAAAAACAAUUCCCGUGGAGGCGAAUCGGCUGCUACAUAAAUUUCCUGGCGGUGCCGCCUGCCUAAGCUGUGUUGACGAUUACGAAGCGCUUCGGAACUGAUGCUUGCGUCGGUCUAACCGUCGGGAGACAAGAAAGAGAAAAGAAGAGAAAGAAAUAUAGUUCAUUUUCCUCCAGAUCGCCGCUGCCACCAGCGCGUGGACCCUCGCGGCGUCUGCUGAUGUGGAGCUGACAUGCAACUGUGAGUCCGGACACGUGAAGCUGACGCUCCCGCUGAGGUUAAUGGAAUGCAGCAAGAUAAAUGAUCAAGCUUGGAAGACCCCUGCCACUUUGAUGAGUGAACGCACCCACUAAUAAUGGCACACAGGAUACACAGUGGACCAGGUAGAUGAGAAAGUGGGUCAGGAAGACAGUGCUGUUUUUAAGGAUCCCCUGCUAUGCUAUGUACAGCUGAAGCAGACGUAUUUGUGAAUCCCCUCCAUGCCAACCUGCAGACUCUGUCCCACAAAUCCAUCUGAAUUUUACAAGAUCCCAGUGGUAGUGUAUACAGAAUGAGGCUGGUGUGGAAAUCCCUGGACAAGAUGAGAUGUCUGAGGAAACGCUCUACGAUUCCCUUCCUCGGCUUCCUCAUCACAUUCCUUCUCUUCUUGAACCUCUACAUUGAAGAUGGCUAUGUCCUGGAAAGUGAUAAAAGGCAACUCAGGGAAACAUCAGUCCAUCCUCAAAGCUCAGAGCGAUAUGUUCACACCUUCAGAGACCUCAGUAAUUUCUCUGGAACCAUUAAUGUCACAUACCGCUACCUUGCUGGAACCCCGCUGAACCGCAAGAAGUAUCUCACUAUUGGACUGUCGUCAGUCAAAAGGAAAAGAGGGAAUUACCUCCUGGAGACGAUCAAAUCCAUCUUCGAUCAGUCCAGUUAUGAUGAACUGAAGGAGAUUGUGGUGGUGGUCCAUCUGGCAGACUUUGAUCUGGUCUGGUGUGAGAACCUGGUCCAGGAAAUUACCCGGAAGUUCGCUCACCACAUCAUAGCUGGAAGACUCCUGGUCAUCCAGGCUCCAGAGGAGUACUAUCCAUCUCUGGACGGGCUGAAAAGGAACUACAAUGACCCGGAGGAUCGGGUCCGAUUCCGCUCCAAGCAGAACGUGGACUACGCAUUUCUCCUUAACUUCUGUACGAACCUCUCACACUUCUACGUGAUGUUGGAAGAUGAUGUGCGCUGCUCCAGGAACUUCCUGACAGCACUGAAGAAAGUAAUCACCUCUAGAGAAGGUUCCUACUGGGUGACUCUGGAGUUCUCUAAACUGGGCUACAUCGGGAAGCUGUACCACUCCAGAGACCUGCCACGUCUGGCUCAUUUCCUCCUCAUGUUCUACCAGGAAAUGCCCUGCGACUGGCUCCUCAUUCACUUCAGGGGUCUGCUGGCCCAGAAGGACGUGAUCCGCUUCAAACCCUCACUGUUCCAACACAUGGGCUACUACUCCUCUUAUAAAGGAGCAGAGAACAAGCUGAAGGAUGAUGAUUUUGAGGAAGACUCCAUAGACAUUCCUGACAACCCUCCUGCCAGUCUUUACACAAACAUCAACGUCUUUGAAAACUACGAUGCCACCAAGGCGUACAGCACAGUGGACGAAUACUUUUGGGGGAAGCCUCCCUCCACUGGAGAUUUCUUUGUCAUAGUCUUUAACAAGUCAACCAAACUUAGCAAAAUUAAAAUUGCUACUGGGUCUGAUGACCGGCAGAAUGACUUUCUUCACCACGGGGCUCUGGAAGUCGGAGAGAAAUUAGUUGGGACUAAAAAGGGAAAACAAUGCUCAUCCUACAUCACAUUGGGGGAAUUUAAAAAUGGCAACAUUGAGGUUCAAGAUGUCGACCACAAGAUUGCCUUUGACAUUGAGUGUGUGCGCAUUGUAGUGACAGCCAGUCAGAAAGAAUGGCUCAUUAUUAGAAGUAUAAGCUUAUGGACUACACAACCCCCUAGCCAAUGAGGACUGCACUCAAAGACUCUUAGUAUGCCACAGAGGCAAAUAAUUGUAUUAUUAUUUAGUAUGUUUUUCCAGGUUUAUUUAUUCAUUUUUGUAACUAUUUAUUAUUGCUCAUUUUGCCAAAUCAAUGUUUUUUCUUUUGUUUUUAUACCUAAAUUUUUAAACCUAUACUGGACUAUUAUCACAGUCAUUCUCAAACUGUUCAGCUGAUCUCACAGUUUUCAUUAGCAACCAUUCCAUAAUUUAUUCAUUAUGCUCCAUAGACUUUACCUGAUAGCAAUUCCCAUCAUAGGACUGGGCAAAAAUUCAGUAUUAGUUUAUGAUUCUGAACAUUAUCAUGAUAUAUUAUUGUGUUAUACAUAGAACAAGUUUUCUUUCCCAAAACCAAAUUAGGUUUACAGUAUUCUAUGUUUUUGGUGGCACCAUGGUGUGGUGGUAGCCUCUGUCACCUCACAGCAAGAAGGCUCCUAGUUAGAAUCUCAGCUGAAGCCUACUUGAGUGGAGUUUCCAUAAACUCCAUGUACAUAAGGAGGGUUUCUUUAGGAACUCCAGCCUUCUCCCACAGUUCAAAAACAUACAGAUGAGGUUCACUGAUGGAAAGUUGUUUGUCUCUGUAUUGAAGUGGUACCUCUUACCCCGUGAGAGCUGAUACUGACCAAGAUAAAACAGAUAUAGAUAAUACAUUUUUCUAUUGUAAUCAAAUUCCAUAAACAGGACAGUGCAAACUUACAGUUGGUAGACAACUGAUCUUCCACCUGAGCUACAGCUGCCCUAGAACUGAAAUAGUCAGUUAAAGAAGUAAUGUAGUUAAAGUGUUACUGAAGUCAAAGAUUAG